AUGGCGGCAACCAACGGGGACUACCCGUCCGAAGAUGACAGCCCGCCACAGUCACCCACAAUGGAGCAAGCAGACGACGACGAUAUCGCGGAGACACACGAUCUCCUCGACGAUGAAACCAUGGCACAAGCGAAAGGACCAGCACCGGCACCCAAGUCAGCACUGAAAAAGAGCAACGCCGCGGCGGCAGCACUGGCAUCAAGACCUGUCCUACCCGAACAACCCGAUCCAAAAGACGUAGACCCGGCCAAACUAACGCCCCUCUCACCCGAAAUCAUCUGUCGACAAGCGACGAUUAACAUCGGAACGAUAGGUCACGUGGCGCACGGAAAGAGUACCGUGGUGAAGGCGAUAUCGGGCGUGCAGACGGUCCGGUUCAAGAACGAACUGGAGCGGAAUAUCACGAUUAAGCUUGGGUAUGCGAAUGCCAAGGUGUACAAGUGCGACAACCCAAAGUGUCCGCGACCGACGUGCUAUCGGAGUUACAAGAGCGAUAAGGAGGUUGAACCGCCUUGUGAGAGGGAAGGGUGUGGAGGGACGUAUCGGUUGCAGAGACAUGUAUCCUUCGUCGACUGCCCCGGCCACGACAUCCUCAUGUCCACCAUGCUUUCCGGCGCCGCAGUCAUGGAUGCCGCCCUCCUCCUCAUUGCCGGCAACGAACCCUGCCCGCAACCCCAAACCUCUGAACAUCUCGCCGCAAUCGAAAUCAUGAAACUCAACCACAUCAUCAUCCUCCAAAACAAGGUCGACCUCAUGCGCGAAGAGGCCGCCCUUACGCACUUCGACAGCAUCAAAAAGUUCAUCCGCGGCACAGUAGCAGACAACGCACCCAUCAUCCCCAUCUCCGCCCAACUCAAAUUCAACAUUGACGCCAUCAACGAACACCUCUGCUCCACCAUCCCCGUCCCGCUCCGCAACUUCUCCGACGACCCGCACCUGAUCGUCAUCCGUUCUUUCGACGUGAACAAACCUGGUUCCGAGAUCGAAGAAUUGCAAGGCGGAGUCGCCGGCGGCUCGAUCUUGACGGGAAUUCUCAAACUCGGCGACGAAAUCGAAAUCCGACCUGGAAUCGUCAGCAAAGACGACAAAGGCCAAAUCCAAUGCCGCCCCAUCCACUCCCGCAUCAUCUCCCUCUUCGCCGAAAACAACAGCCUCAAAUUCGCCGUCCCCGGCGGUCUCAUCGGAGUCGGCACCCGCAUCGACCCAACCCUCUGCCGAGCCGAUCGUCUCGUUGGCUUCGUGUUAGGCCACAAAGGCCGCUUGCCCAAAAUCUACACCGAGCUCGAGGUGAAUUACUUCCUCCUCCGACGCCUGCUGGGUGUGAAGACGGCCGACGGCAAGCAAGCCAAGGUGGCGAAACUGGCGAAGAAUGAAGUGUUGAUGGUGAAUAUCGGUUCCACGGCGACGGGGGCGAAGGUGGUGGCGGUUAAGGCCGAUAUUGCGAAACUGCAGCUGACGAGCCCGGCGUGUACGGAGAUUAGGGAGAAGGUUGCGUUGUCGAGGCGGAUUGAGAAGCAUUGGCGUUUGAUUGGGUGGGCGACCAUUGAGGCGGGCGCUACGUUGGAGCCUAAGCAGGAUUGA